GUAGAACAUGAAUUACCCGGAUAUUUAAUAUAUUCCCGUUCUGCUUCGUUUCUCUCUCCCCCUUUCCAAUGGAGGCUCUCAACGAGACAAUCGCUCCGGGCGGAAGCGCCCGCCACGAGAGCGUUCCGAUCGACCACCUAGACUACGGCUACAUCGAGAAAUGCUCGAACGCGAAAGAAAUCGAAAAAAUCGUCAAAAUUCUGAGGUCGGGCAGUGAGGGAUACUAUCCGGAUCUGUUGAGUUUUGCCGAGAGGCGACUUGCCGUGCUGAAGCCUAAGAGUGACGUGUUGCGGACACCUAAACCCGUUAUAAACAGGUCUGAUUUAGCUGCAGAAGAACUGAAUCAGUUUCAGGAUUCUAUUCAGCAAUGGCAUGAUGAGGCUACCACCAGAGACCAGCAUCUGAGAGAGAUGAAUGAGACUGUGGCGACAGAAGCUAACCUUCCACCCAUCAGAACGAAUCAAACGGUGACAAGAAAAUCUGAGCAGAAGAACAAUGAUAGCAAGCCUGCAAAGUCAAAUCAAGUAAAGUCAGCAGAAGAAUGGGAAAAGUUUGAUGUUGAUAAGGAACUGGAGAAGAUUGAGAAGGACGAGAGUGAAGCAGGGGAACGUGCGUCGAAGCCGUUGUUGAAUUUUCCGACGACUGAUGUAACACCAGCUCAGGAUCCUCUAGAACGAGAACUACAAGCAGCAAGAGCAAAGGACAAAGGAAAUGAGGCCUUCAGAUCUAAAGAUUACGAUGAAGCACUUGCGUACUACACCGACAGCAUCAACUACCAUCCAACCGCUGUAUCAUACAACAAUCGUGCAAUGGCUGCAAUAAAACUUGAGAAAUACUUGUCAGCCAUCGACGAUUGCGACAGUGUGUUACAACUAGAUCCAAACAAUGUGAAAGCUUUCUUACGACGAGGAGUCGCAAAACAAAAUCAACAUUUAUACCACGAAGCCGAAAGUGAUUUCCUACGAGUUCUAGAAUUGGAACCAAACAACUCACGAGGAAAGAAAUUGCUGUCCGAGGUGAGAGCGAAACAACCGACUGAGAAAGCACAAACACACACUCAAGACCAACAACAACAGCAAAAUGUGGAGACACAAAAGCCGAAAGGCAGACAGUUGAAAAUUGUCGAGGUUGGCAGCAGCGAGGACGAGGACGAGAAAGAUGAAGAGACGAAACAAUCACAAGAAACCUACAGCGAUGACCGAAAGCACGACACAACGAUGUCACACAAGGACGACGAGACAUCCGAAAGGCUUCUUGACGCAUCAAGAGACGCAUUAGACGAUGCAACAGACAAGUACGAGCGUGAGUUGAUUAAAACUGGAAGCACAACAGAAAGCAUCAACGAGGAAGGAAGCGAGCAAGUUGAUAUCAAUCAGAAUCGAACUGACGAGCUUGCAGCCAGUGAGCAGACGGAUGGGAGCAGCACGAGUAAAGCCACACAUGAAGAGCAGAGGGACGAUGAAUACGAAGAGUUGCCACCUUUGGAGGACGACAAUUCAGAUGAGACAUUAGUUGUCCCACCCGUCGUGUCGCCUGUGCCUCUUCCUGAGGUUGUGUUGCGGUUGAAGGACGAAGGGGUUAAGUUGUAUAGAGGCGGUGAUUUUACGCAAGCGCUUGAGAGGUUUAGUGGUGCAAUGGAUGCAAUGGAAGAUGUUCGCGAGUUUCAUAAAGACGCAUACGCUGCUCUCUGCAGCAAUCGAGCAGCGUGUCGCUUUCGACAAGGCGAGUGUCGGGCUUGCAUCAGCGACUGUGAUGAAGGACUUAACUACAAUUCUUGUAGUUCUAAACUGUACACAAGGAAAGCGACUGCAUUGGAAAGUCUUGAAAAAUAUCCGGCCGCAUACGUCAACUUCAGGGCAGCACUGGCAAUAGACUCAAACUUAACUAAAGCGCAGGAGGCUUGUACAAGACUGGGACGUUUGUUACUGAAUGACCAAGGUACACAGUGGCGGCAAAAGCUACCACCUCAACCUCAGCCUACACAGCAUGUAACACAGUUAACUCAGACAGCAGGCAAUGCAUCAGCAGCGACAGAUGUCACACUGAGAGAGUCAAAUGUGGGUAAGACGGGAGAUAAUGUGUCAGGAGGUACAACACGGUUGGACAGCGGGUCAUCACCACGUAGCAAUUUUGAUGACAUGAAGAGCAAAGGAAAUCAAUUAGUAAAAGCGGGCAAGUUUUUUGAGGCUGCAAAGUGCUACACACGUUGCAUUGAAAUCGACAACACACAAACAAGCAGCUUCACAAAUCGUGCAUUAUGUCAUCUGAGACUAGAGAAGUAUCAACUGGCAGUUCAAGACUGUGACAAGGCGCUACAGUUGGAUGUAAAUUGUGUCAAAGCGAUGUAUCGACGUGCACAAGGGAAGUCGAAGCUGCAAGAGUUUCGUAAUGCGGCGCACGAUCUCACAAAUUUGUUGAAGAUCGAGCCUGACAACGAGGCUGCUACGAAGGAAUUGGAACGAGUGAAGCAACAGUGGAGAGAGCAAUUGGAAAAACAGAAGCAACAAGCACAAGACCAAAAACCACACGAGCAGAAAUCAGCACAGACGCAGAGAGCACAAGAGCCAGAGACAGGUAAACGAAAAUCCAACAGAAAACAACAACAGCAGAAACAAUCAAAACAGUCAAAAUCUCGUAAAACAAAGAAAAAUCGAGGAGACAGUCCGUCGUCGUCUCAGAAUCUCUCCACACCUCUGAUGCACAACACAGAGAAAGAAUUGAGACUUCAUGACUUGCCCAAGGCUCAGGUGGUUGAUCCACCUUGCAAGGAGUUUGCAAAUAAAGAAGGAGUAACGGGUGGUGAUGGGGAAGGGGAGGAAGGUGGUGUCGCUGCUGAUGUUACUGAUGGUGAUGUGAAACCGAUGGAGCCGAUGGAACCGAAGAGAACGAGAGUUGUGAUACGGGAAGUUGGGAGUGAUUAUGAGAGUUCUGAUGAUAACAAAAAUCAGACAAAACCGGCCAAUGAACAAUCAUCAGAAACUGUAAACAGCGAAUCUCCUUCAGAUAAAACUCGACCAACAGAAGAAGAACCAUUCAUUCCUCUGAAACAACUGGACAAGUGUACGCCAUACGAGUUCUUGCAGGCGUGGCGAUCAGUGCGAGGACAUGGAAGGGUGGCUUGCAUCCAGUAUGCUCACCUGCUACGACAGAUCAAGCCAGAUACACUGCCAACGAUUUUGAGUAAUAAGCUUGAUGGUCCCAUGUUGAUGGACAUUCUGACUGCUAUUGCGGAUUUCAUCAUUGCAGAUGGGGAAGCACAAUUGGGCUAUGAGCUGCUGGUGUAUCUGACGAAGGUUCCAAGAUUUGGAGUCGUUUCCAUGUUUUUCAGUGGAAAAGACAAGGACGUCAUUCGAAGAGCAAUCACGUCACUGCAGCAACACACAGACUCGGGUGUCAUCUCCACGAGCCAACUGGACACACUACGGUCAUCAUUCUCACUCUGACAUCAAAUCCGUUCAAGAAAAUGCACAACAAAAAUCAGCACACCGCGACUCUUUUUUGUACAAUUCCAUUACUAUUACAGACCAUCAUUACUGUAACUGUAAACAAAGGUGGGUUCAUACACUAGAAACAUUCAAGUGCGUUUGUGCACUUGGCUGUCUCGUUGA